GGGUUCCAUGGGGUUUUUCAGUUUCUGCCUGCAGUCCAAAGACACGCAGCUGUGGUAAUUCUCAUCUCUGAAGUGCACUCAGUGAGUGCAUGUAUGUGUUCUGUGAUGAGCUGGCAUCCCCUGGAGGGUGUACCUCUGCCUUGCACCCUUCACUGCCUGGCCUCCCUGUGACCCAGACUAGGAUAAGCUGCGGAAAGAAGGAUGAUAUUUUUCUUUGUUUCAAUAUCUAAUCUAUCGAAUCCUCCACUCACAAUGGUGACUUUCAGAAAUAUGGCUGUGCAGAUCAUCUGUACCGCGUCUGCCAGGUUCACACGGAGUGCUGGUUCUUGUCGAAGCUGGCAUGAUUUCAUAGGGAUGUAGAUUUACAAGCUAGAGAGAACACAUGGUCUACAGUAGCACAGAUAGAUCCCUCUCUGCCUGGGAGAGAAACGAGAGAGAAAGAAGAGGAAAAACAGAGUGAGUCGUACCACAUGGUCCAGGCCGAGACCCUACCAUGCAUUUGGCCGUGCACCUGAUCCUAUUCACAAUGCUGGUGCUGCACCCUGUAAUGAGUGAGGGCAGCAGAGCCCAAAGGAAACAGAGACAAGCCGAGGAGAAACUGCGACCGUAUUGGGGUCGAACCAACCCAGAGAAGCUGUGCAAGCUGCUGAAGUGUUACAGUCCUGUUGGCUCCUCAUGCCAAGCGGUGGAGCAAGGUGGUGUCUUAAUCCCAAAAUGCAUAUGUCCCCAGAAAUGUCCGAGGGAGGGAGUGCCAGUGUGCAGUGUGCUGGGGAAGACCUAUGCCAGUGAGUGUCUGUUGCAUAAAGAGUCCUGUCGAAAGAAGCGACGCACUGGCUUGGCUCACCUUGGUCCUUGCUUGGUGUCCAAAGCGGUGUGCGCAGAGAUGGAAUAUGGGCAGUUCCCUUACCGGCUGAUUGACUGGUUUCUGAUGCUGAGUCGCAUGGGCCAAUCCUUCAGCUCCCCUCCCCCUCCCCAGGGCUGCCUGAGCCGGGAAGAGCGCAGGAUGCUAGUAGAGCGGCGGUUCAUCCUGCUGGAUCGGAACAAGGACGGGAAGCUUAGCCGUCGGGAUCUGAAGAAGCUGCGUUACAAACAGAUGCCCCUGGAACAUUGUGCCCAUCGAUUCUUCCAAUCAUGUGACAGUAACAGUGACAGAAAGGUGACCCUGAAGGAAUGGAUUGCUUGCCUGGUCGAUCAGUCUGAGGACUGGUUCCAAGACUUCACAUCUAUGAAGAUGGGUUCCCGGAUAUUAUGUGCUACGGAACAAAAUAAGUUUUGAAGUGCAGUAUGAAGCAUGCCCUGGUUUGCCUUUCCACAGUAUCGUCGCUAAAUGUUCUUAGCUUGAUCUGCGGCAUGCUGGUCUGUCACGAUUGCCUGAAACGUUAUAUCUCGUACUGUCUCCUAGUGGUUAUAAUUAGUACUGCAUAAAUAUUGCAUUUUUAGCAUAUUUGUUUUUAAAACCUACAUUAAUCAACAUAGCACAUCGGUCCCUAAUAAAUGUCCGUAUGACUUUGUGCUGUAAUUAACUGUCAAUGUGUAUAAGUACUGCAUAAAAAAUGGUCUUUAGAUGAAUGAACAAUUUGUUAUGGUCAAAUUCUCAGUAGGCUGAAUAAGAAAUUGAGAAACUUCAAAGGAGGUUUGAAGCAGAACGAAUACAGGCAAUGUCAUUGGAUUCAAACUGAUUUUUGACAAGUAAAAUUGUUCUAUUGUUUCAGUCAUUGAAACAGACACAGACAAAAAAAAUCAGCUAAGUAUUUAAAUCAAAUCCAGUCAAUUAUGCCUAAUAAUUUAUAUUUACGGUAGCGGCUCCUUUUAUACGUGUUUCAACUUCUGUUGUAAUUCUAACUAAAGUCUACCGGAAAAAAAAGAAAUCGGGUGAGAGUAAAGGAAUGUAGCACCGCACUUUUGAAAAGAAAAAAAAAAGAAUGGUAGAGGACACAGUAAUGCACUCUAACUGGGAGUUAGCAGAAGUGUGGAAAACACAAAGUACGCAUUAAAAAUUUAGGAGAAAGGUUGCCGAAGAGAAGUGCAGCAUUAGAGUAACCGGGAAAAGGUGGAAAUGUCCGAUUCAGAGCACAAGACCGAGACGGAGAGAUUUAUUAAACGGAUGCGCUCGUGGAAGCUACAAGAAUCAGCGUUUCAUUCAAACAACAGCUGACGGCGGUUUUGCCCAAGGUGACAGCUUCGAUCCUGCAUCCAUCGUGUCUCAUAAGUCAUCACGUUUGUUUCGCCGGGAUGCAAAGUUCAAGACGUCUCAGGUGAAUCUGAGAAAACCUCACAAAUGCACAGUAAAAGAGAGAUUUAUGUGCCGCUGCUGAAGUUCUCACUGUUUCACCUUCUAAGGAAUACUUGGAAAGUAGCUCGAUGUGUUAUGCGGGGAGAUGGGGAUUAUUUUGGCUGUGGAAGAAGGGGAGUGAACCCAUGCAGUUAGUCUCAACUGGGAGCAUGCAGCAUUUCCUUUAGAGAGAGCUGUUAACACAGUCGGUAAGGGCAAGACGUCUGUGAAAGGGGCUGUGAAUAUAAAGUUUCCCUUGGGGCGGGCUUCUUUAUGUGAUAGCGAAUACUCCCGGGGUCGUCCGCCCCAUUCACCCUUACAAAACAUGCUCUCGCUAAAAAAAAUGCACAUUAAUUUCCCCAGUAUGCCCUACAACACCAUCCACCCCCACCGGAUAAUCCUGUUACCCUCACCGCCAGAACCUAACCCCACCCCUCGACUCUCAUGCUCUAAGAUGUUGAGAUAUUG